UGUAGUGUUGUAGUUUAAUGCGCCGGCAAAUUAUUUAAUUCACAAAAACCCACUACGCCAAUCUCAAUGAACCUGAGCCGCAAAUAAUUAUUUAUUAUUGCACAAUCGUUUUUUCAUUACCAAUGUCUCUUAACCUCGUAGACAAAUAAAUUGGUACACGGCUACAGCAUAAGUUGCGAAAGAGUGAACAGCUAUGGAAGCGGCGAUCUUGCUCUUUUUGGGAGUGACGUCGACAGUCGGACAUGUCAUCAACCCCGUGCCUCGGCCAGGCUACAUCUCCCCUCAAGCCACUGGAUACAUCUACAGAAGUGACAACAAUGGACCAGCCAGUCUGAUACAACUGGGGUCUCAUUACCAGCAACCCCACGCCUUCGCUCCGCCGAUCCCCAUUGCCCACCAACCCCUCGUUCACGAUAACCGAAACUUGUAUCGCGCGGCGCCGCAACCGCUGCCGUAUAUCGCUGAGACACCCCUAGAGACUGUGGAUGAGCAUGAUGACAGCGACGGAAGCGAAAAGAAUGAUGAGUACCUCGACACUGGCCUCUUUGGACUCGGACACAAACAGAAGCACAAGGAAUUCGACGAUAGUGAAGACGAAAGCAGCGAUGACGGCGAGGAAAAGAAAAGUCAUUUCUCAAAAGGUGAGUCUGCAAGCCAUAGCAAGGAGAGCAGCGAGGGAUCCGAUGACGAAGAGGAGGGAGAGGAAUCUGCUAGUCUGGACGAAUCGUCUAAGGGUGGAAAGCAUGCCUUGAAAGCUAAAGCCUUCAGUGCAGCUGACAGUGGCCAGAAAAAGCACAACAGUAAGAAUGAAGAGGAAUCUGGCUACCACAAGGUUUUCCACAAGGAUGAAUACAAAAAGGAUGAGGACACAUACGACGAGGCCGACAAACGCGGCAAUUUCUUCAAACAUUUGUUCAAUAGAGGUCACAAAAAAUCUAAGGGAGGCGCUAAGAAGGAAGACAAGGAAAGUGACUCUGACGAUGAAGAGGAUAGUUUUAGUGAUGUUGGUUCAAAGAGCAGAGAAGACUAUGACGAGAACAGUGAAGGAAGAUCAACAGAGGAAGGUCAUGAAAGCCAUUACAAUGAUGAGGAGGAAUUUAAUGAAAAAGACGCAGCUGGGGAGAAGAAAAACUACGGAUAUGUAGAAGCUGAAGACUAUGACGAUGAUGAUUAAGUCCCGACUCGAUUUGUUAAGAUACAUUAUGAUUAUCAACGUAUUUUAGUAUAUUCAAUGUUAUGGAUGAAGUGAUUUUGUUACCUUUGAUAUUAAUUAUUGUGAAGUUUUCCUACCUAUUGUAAAUAAAUAUAUUUUGUAUAAUGCUCGUUAUACAUUGUCUUAACUAAA